AUGGCUACUUUCACGCAUCUCGUCCGCUUCCUGGCCAAGGAUGGCCACAUCUAUUACGGAGAUGCGAUCCUCCCGUCGGGGGUCACUGACAUUUCCCAGGUUACUCGAGCAAAAGUCAUCCAGGGUGAUAUCUUCGGUCAACACCGGGUCACCGAGAAAAUUGCCGACGUGCGCAUGCUCCUUGCUCCUCUGGCGCGCAAGGAUAUCGGGACCGUCCGUUGCCUCGGACUGAACUACGAGCAGCACGCCAAGGAGUCCAAUCUGCCCAUUCCCAAGUAUCCGGUGCUGUUCUUUAAGCCCGUGACAUCUAUCGCCGGUCCGACAGAUGAUAUCCCCGUUGCGCAAAUUGCCCAGGAAUGCGAGGGUCUCGACUACGAGUGUGAACUAGUUAUCGUCAUUGGCAAGGAGGCCAAGGACGUUUCCGAGAGCAAAGCUCUGGAUUACGUCCUGGGCUACGCGGUUGGAAACGACGUCUCUCAUCGCGAAUGGCAGAUUAAGCGUGGCGGAGGCCAGUGGGGAUUGGGUAAAGGCUUCGAUGGCUGGGCCCCAUUUGGACCGGGCAUCGUCUCCUCCAAGGUGAUUUCCGAUCCAAAUGCCCUCCAAAUCUCGACCACGUUGAACGGCAAGACCGUCCAGUCCUCUUCUACCAAGGAUAUGAUUUUCGGCGUGGCCGAGACCAUCGCUUUCCUGUCCCAGGGGACCACUCUUCUCCCCGGAGACAUGAUCUUCACCGGAACACCGCAAGGUGUCGGCAUGGGUCGAAAGCCUGCUCUGUGGCUCAAGGACGGUGACCGGGUCACAGUCUCGCUGGAAGGGGUUGGGUCCUGCGUCAAUCGCGUAGUCUACGACAAGCCUAGCCCCAAGCUGUGA